AGCCCCCGCAGGAUGUCUGACCCGUGUCUGGUGUGUCUCCUGAGCCUGGCCCUCUGCCUGACACUGUCUUCCUGCCAGCGGGCCGACCUCAGCGGGAAACACCCCAUGGUCACCACGGGCUAUGGCAAGCUGCGCGGCGUCAGGAAGGAGCUCAACAACGAGAUCCUGGGGCCUGUGGAGCAGUACCUGGGCGUGCCCUAUGCCACCCCGCCCAUCGGCGAGCGUCGCUUCCAGCCCCCUGAGGCACCAGGUUCCUGGCAGGAGAUCCGCAACGCCACCCAGUUUGCCCCUGUGUGCCCGCAGAACGUACACGGGGUGCUGCCUGAGAUCAUGCUGCCGGUGUGGUUCACUGACAACCUGGACGCUGCAGCAGGCUACGUUCAGAACCAGAGUGAGGACUGUCUGUACCUCAAUGUCUACGUGCCCACUGAGGAUGGUCCGCUCACAAAAAAACACGAUGAGUCUACAAUGAACAAACCGAGGGAUGAAGAUAUCCGUGACCGUCGGAAGAAGCCGGUGAUGCUGUUCAUCCAUGGCGGCUCCUACAUGGAGGGGGCGGGAAACAUGUUCGACGCCAGCAUCCUCACAGCCUACGGCAACGUCAUCGUGGUCACCAUGAACUACCGUCUGGGCGUGCUCGGGUUUCUGAGUACUGGGGACCAGUCAGCCAAGGGGAACUAUGGUCUGUUGGACCAGAUCCAGGCUCUGCGCUGGCUCAAUGAGAACAUUGGCCACUUUGGAGGAGACCCAGAGAGGAUCACCAUCUUUGGCUCCGGCGCCGGAGCCUCCUGUGUCAAUCUGCUCAUCCUCUCCCACCACUCUGAGGGGCUGUUCCAGAGGGCCAUAGCCCAGAGCGGCUCAGCCAUCUCCAGCUGGUCGGUCAACUACCGGCCCCUUAUGUACACCAAGAUCCUGGCUAAGAAGGUAGGCUGCAGCUACGGGGACACAGGCGACCUGGUGGAGUGUCUGAGGAGGAAGAGCUUCAGGGAGCUGGUGGACCAGGACAUCCAGCCGGCCAGGUAUCACAUCGCCUUCGGCCCCGUGGUGGAUGGAGACGUGGUUCCCGACGACCCCGAGAUUCUCAUGCAACAGGGGGAGUUCCUGAACUAUGACAUCCUGCUAGGGGUGAACCAGGGAGAAGGGCUGAAGUUUGUGGACGACAGUGAGGGGGAUGAUGGGAUCUCUGCAGCUUCCUUCGACUACACCAUCUCCAACUUUGUGGACAACCUGUAUGGAUACCCUGAGGGUAAGGACAUCCUGAGGGAGACCAUAAAGUUCAUGUACACAGACUGGGCCGACAGGGACAACGGAGACAUGAGGAGGAAGACCCUGCUGGCACUGUUCACAGAUCACCAGUGGGUGGCGCCAGCGGUGGCCACAGCCAAGCUGCACGCUGAGUUCCAGUCUCCUGUCUACUUCUACACCUUCCACCACCAUUGCCAGACGGAGGCCCGGCCAGAGUGGGCAGACGCGGCCCACGGGGAUGAGCUGCCCUACGUGUUUGGGGUCCCAAUGGUGGGAGCCACCGACCUGUUCCCCUGUAACUUCUCCAAGAACGACGUCAUGCUCAGCGCUGUGGUCAUGACGUACUGGACCAACUUUGCCAAGACCGGGGAUCCCAACCUGCCUGUACCCCAGGACACUAAGUUCAUCCACACCAAGCCCAACCGCUUUGAGGAGGUCAUCUGGACCAAGUUCAGCUCCAAGGACAAGCAGUACCUCCACAUCGGCCUGAAGCCCCGCGUCAGGGACAACUACCGGGCCAACAAAGUGGCCUUCUGGCUGGAGCUGGUGCCUCACUUGCACUCCAUGCAUGAGGACAUCUACCCCAUCACCACCCGCCUGCCGCCUGGAGGAGGAGGUCCCCGCGUCCACCGGCCUGGUCCCCCUGGGGCACGCUCCACCCGCCACCCCGUCAUCUCCACCAACCCCCCCGAACCCGAGCCAGACCCCUCCGAGCCGCCCCGCCGCAACCCGUUCCCCGACGAGAUAAGGGACUACUCCACGGAGCUGAGUGUGACAGUGGCGGUGGGCGCCUCGCUGCUCUUCCUCAACGUGCUGGCCUUCGCAGCCCUCUACUACAAGCGGGACAAACGCCACGAGCUGCUGCAGAGACGCCACCGCCGCUUGUCCCCACAGCGCGGCAUAGGCACCACCAUGGGCAUGGGAAUGGUGGGCGCCCCGUCCCACAACGACCUGGCAUUGAGCCAGGAGGAAGAGCUCAUGUCCCUGCAGAUGAAGCAGCAGAGGGUGGAGAUGGAGCACGGCAUCGGCACGCCCCUCCCUUCCCGGGGUCUCCACGGCGACCUGGACCCUCUACGGGCACAGGUGGGCCCACCAGACUACACGCUGGCCCUGCGGCGGGCACCGGAGGACGUGCCGCUGAUGACGGCCAACACCAUUACCAUGAUCCCAAGCACCAUCAGCGGCAUGCAGCCCCUCCACCCUUUCAACACCUACCCCCCCGCCCCGGCCCCCUCCACCACCCCAACCCCUGGCCACAGCAACAACGCCCUGCCACACCAACACUCCACCACCCGCGUAUAG